AUGAGAAGCCAAGAAUAUGAUGGUGCUAAUAAUAUACAGGGCGCUCGGAAUGGACUUCAGGCAUUAUUUCUUAGAGAUUGUCCGUAUGUGUAUUACAUCCACUGUUUUGCUCAUCGAUUACAGUUUGUAUUGGUUUAUGCAGCUAAAGAAGUUGAUGUUAUGUGGGAGUUCUUUUCUCAUCUGGACAAUAUUAUCAAUAUUAUCACUUCUUUCCCUAAGUGCAUUACGGAGUUACAAUCUACUCAAGGAAAUGAAAUUGAGUAUAUGUUAGCUACUAGGGAGAGUGAGUCGAGAAGCGGAGCAAAUCAAGUAGGUAAUUUACAACGAUCAGGAGCAACUCGUUGGAGUUCUCAUUAUGACUCUAUAAAGAGCUUAAUAGAUAUGUAUAAUGCAACUUCCAAAACGUUUGAAAAUCUUAAUGCCCUUCAAAGGAAAUCUCAAGACAUCUUGACCGCUAUGAAAUUCGUUUCUACUACAACAAAACUCCUCCACAAACUAAGAGAUGAUGAUUGGGAAGAAUUUCUUGAGGAAGUGAAAAAGUUUUGCUCAAAACAUGAUUACAUAUUGAUGGAAUUAAAUACAAGAUUCAAUGAUACAUCAGUUGAACUUCUCACACUCAGUGCAGCUUUGGAUUCUAGAGAUUCAUUUGCAUCAUUUAACAGUCUCGAUAUUUGUGCACUUGCUGAGAAAUUCUAUCCUAAAAAUUUUUCAAGCCAAGAUAUUCGUACUUUGGAAUAUGAGUUGCGACACUAUGAGCUAGAGAGAUUGAAUCUCGAUUUCAAUUUCAGUCUUGUUAAAGCUUUGUUUAUGUGUCUUUGA